CGGCGGCGGGCGGCGGCGCCGCGCUGAGGCGGGCGGAGGAUGCUCUCGCGAUACGCGCGCAAGCCGGUGCCCCCCGGCGCCCGGGAGAAGCAAGGACUUACAAAACAUGCCUUGCAGCAUCAUCCCUUGCCAGAACUGGAAACUGAGGUGCGCCCAGCCACACUCACUGGUGAAAGCUAUGGAGAGAUCUCAAGUGAAUCUGAAAUCUCGAAGGAAACUGAUUACCCUUCUGUUACUUCAGCUGAUCAUGGGAAUUCAUGGUCUGCUAGUCAGAGCUAUGCAGGAACCACCACUGAGGACAGCUCAGUCUUUUCUUGGGGCUGUGAUGAAUUUGAUAAAGCUGCCACGCGACAAGUUCAGCAAAUGUUCAGACAAAUUGAUGAGCUUCUUUAUGAACAAAAAGAAAAUGUACAUGUUGAGGGACUGCAGGAGGAAUGCCAAGAGUGGACAUCCAGCUUUCCUCAUCUCAGGGUUGUGGGGAAGCAGAUAGUGAUUCCCACAGAUGAAGGGUAUGGAUGGUAUUCAAGUUCACCUUCUGGCAGUUUAGGUUCAUCAGAUGCCAGUUCACCACAAGAAAAAGAUUCUAAUGAAUUUAGUGUUUUUGGCAAGAAGGUACCUCUUUCUGUUACUCCUGUUCACAAAAAGGCUGACCAUUGCAAGUCUCCGACCUUGUGUUCUCCAGAGAGUGAAGAAGGUGAAGAUGGAGUAAUUGUCUCUGAAGGUGUAAUGGAGGAAUAUUUAGCAUUUGACUGCAGAGAUGUGGAGGAGGAGUUGCAUGAGAGGAAAUUGGGACUUUCCUCUAGUAGACGGAAAUUAGGGUUUCCUCCUAUCUCUCCAUAUUCCUGCAUGAAAGAUUCUGUGCUCACAUUUGUGUUUGAUGAUGUGUGGAGUGAAGUCCUAGGCUGCAUGGAGGAAUUAAUCUGCAGACACUGGGAAGGAUCAGCCUCUGAUGACGAGAAAAAUAUCAUAGCAAUAGAAACAACAACAACCAGAGCAGAUUCUGGAAGCCCUUUGAUGCACUUUGAACCUUUGCCAGUGUUGUUACCUCGCAUGCCACAAACUAAAAUGCCCUCAGUGACAUCAAAUCCGUGCCCAAAAACCAGAUGUGGCCGCAAAACCAAAAAGAGGAGAAAACCACCUCAAAUAAAUCCUUCACAAGGGUCCAGUAGUGGCUCUCAACGUAAUCUAAAUGGCUUGCUGGUGAUCCAUGGGAUCCAGUUACAGCAAAGGAAUCUGUCUAUAAUGGAGAAAACACUGGACCUGGAUGACAAACGGCCAGGCUCCAGUUCUGUCCUCUCAACCAGAACUUGGCCAAAUCGUCCUCUAGAGCUCAGUACGUCAUCUCUGUCACAUUCUGCAAGAAGACGAAACCCACCACCACGUACUCUGCAUCCCAUCAACACAAACCACUCUCGUACUGGGACACCAGGAUCUGUGGAUGAUGUCAUCAGGGGAACUCGACUUCCGACUGCAUAUGAUCAGCUGACCUCUCCCUCCCCACUGCCACGGAGCCGAAACAAUCUCCUACCACCUAUUAGUACCACUGAUGUGACAGAAUAUGUGAGCGCUACAGGAUCCCAGAGGCAAACGAAGUCUCAAGGGAACUCAAGUCGAGCUCACAGUGCAGCAACACAUGCAGAUAACCGCCUGCAGCUACAGGAGAGGAUUUUCUUACCCGAUCAUUUCUCCAGGCCUAACACAACAAACACAUUCUUGCCAGAUGCACAGCAUCACCGUUCUAGCACUGUUACUGAUUAUAGUAAUCAACCCCGGACAAACAGAGGAUCAGCAGGUGCAGGUCUUCAGCUGCAUGGUUCUGCGAAAGCCCCGGGUCGAAGCGGAUCAGUCACAAAAAGCAAACAAGGGUUAUAACAUGUCACAAAGAAGCAUCCAUCCAUCUUCACAAAGUCAUGAAUCACCUAUUCUCAACAGUGUCAGCAUUGUUUACUGAAUUUUCAAACACCCUUCCUUAUGAAGAGUCUUAUUUUUAUAUAGAACUAAGAAGCAGCUGCCAAAGAUUAGAAGGGGUAUAUUUACACAUUCCACUUCCUACCCCUAGGAAAAGCUAUAUUCCAGUGGAUAAUGAAGCCUAAUUUCUAGAAAAUCUAGCAUAAGCCAUUGCUGUUCUCCCAUUAAUCACUGUUGGCUUGUGACUGGUUCACGUUAUUACAGGCACGUACUGCAGGACCUGCUGAUUUUUCCAUUCGCUCUAGGAAAGGUAGUCAGGCCUUCCACGGCACUAGUAAUUUAAAUUUUUAAAGCUACAUUUAAAGUUGUGUUUAUAUAUUUUAAAGCAAUGCUACGCUAUCAGAAGCAGGAACUGCAUAGGAUAUUGCUUGUACAACUCAAUUUGGACAAACUAUGAAUCCUGUAGUAGUAGCACCAGAUACUAAUGCAGUUGGGUAAAAUAACCUAGUAAAACAAUAUUAGCAUUAACAGCUUCUAAGGUAGCACGCUAAUGAUCCUUCCUAUGUUAUAUACUACUACCUCUUCCUCAGUGACUUGAGAAGGAUUUUCAAGGGGGUUAAAAAGUCUCUUACUGCAGGUAAUUUCAGGCAAUAUUCAAAGAAAGUACUUUUUCUUCCAGGUGAGCUAUUUUUUGGUAAUUUCCAUAGGUCAGUCAGUUACCUUUUAAAAAAGCCCAUCCUGCAGUUACCUAAGUACUUUAGUACUUGAACUUCAACGUCCACGCUCUGAUGCAACAUACCUUUUUAGUAGAUGUGUUCUGCACGAUACAGCAGGCAGCCUGGAGAGUAUUAGCUUUAGCUGUAGUUGCUCUUGUAGCUCCAGAAAAAAAAAAAGACACGAAACACCAGCUUUUUCAAAAUAAAUGAUUAACUGAAGGCCUUACUCAGAAGCAGUAAGUGCCAGACUACAAAUAAGGUAAAGAUAAGAUAACCACUUACCGUAUUUUUAACGAAGUUAGGAUAUUGCACAAAAAUAGUUGUUCCGUUAUUAGAGAAGUUUUGCCAUCUUUUAUAAUCCAAUAAGCAUCUUUUCUAAGCUUCCACUAUGAACUGUGAUUUUAAAACUAUUAUUAAUAAGGACAAAAUUGUUGGUGUUCUUUAUAAAAAGUUGCUCUACUAUCUCCCCACUGUUAAUGAUGCAGUCUACUAAAUGUUAGUGCUAUCUACAAGACGUCUGAAAAUUUUUAACAUAGGUUAAAGUUCUUCAGUCCAGUCAGUUGAAAUAUGCUCUGAUCAAAAAGAAGGGAAGAGAAAGCAAAAUGAAACUAUGGAAGUAUAACUAGGUUAACUCCCACUGUCAUAUUUCCCCAAGGAAAAAAGUCCUAUUUAUAUGUAAAGAUAAAUGGAUGCUAAAAAGAGAAGCUUCUAGUCACUAAACCCUUUUGAAAUACAAUUUCUCUAAUGGUUAAGACUAGUGGAACCACAUGCAGUAUCAUUUACUUACCUCAGGGUAACUGGAAAUAAGAAUCCUUUUUAUAUCAGUGCCAUAGUAGGCCAGCUGAUUAAAAUAACAAACCUGCCACAUGACAAACACAUAACAUGACAAACUGAAGCCCCAGUGUCAUUCUGGUCAAUACAGAGGUUCCUUUCUUUAUGGAAAUUAAAAGUACUCCCUGCUAAAACUUGAUCAAAGUGGUUCAGGUUGCAACAAUACGAUGACAGCCCAGCCUCAGGGACCAAACUAGUUUUCUGUAGCCCUAGCAUAAAAAAAUUUUGAAGAUAUACAUAAACAUCACUAGACUUUUAGUAACAUAAUGUAAUAUGUUAUUCUAGUAACAUAACAAUAACAUAACUCCCUUCAUAGUCUAGGGGAGUCAAUGUGUUAAAGACAUUAAAAGACAAUCUCAUCAUAGAUAAUUCUUGUUUUUUGUACAAAUAGUUGAUACCAGAGAGUUGCCCCACACUAUCAGAUAUGUUUUGUAUAGUAAAAGUAAUGUCCAAGUCCUGCUUGUUAUGCAACAAAAUGAUAUAAGGCAUUCUCUGAGAAUCAGGAUGAUUGUUGAAAGUAGCAAAGUAGAAGUUCGCAAGGAACAUAGUUACCAUUCUACAGGUCUAACUUCUACCUAGUAAGCUGUAUUAAAUAAUUAGUUCUUAAAUUAUAUCAUUAAAGCAAUGAGGACUAUUAAUUCAAAAGCUAAGUACUCGUAAGCCUUUCAGAAGUGAUCCAGAAAAUAAAGCAGACUUUGUUCCAUCAAGCUACAGCAACUUGAAAACUAGUUACUCUUCAAAUUUCAUAUCCCUGCACACUGCAUUAAAUAGUUUAAAAUUGAAAAAGCGGGGGAAAAGAAAACUUCAGAAUAUUUGUAUAUCUUACAAAAGUACUUUCUUCACUUCUGAAAUAAUGAACUGCUGACAAAUACAGUGCACACAAAACCAGGAGUUCAUUAACUAACCACUCCAUCAUCCUACAGCAGACCUGACUGUGAUGCUGUUAAGGUAACAUGCAAUACAUUUUUAAGCUUUGGAACUCCUUGCCAUAGAACAUCAUGGAGCCUAAAAACACAGAGAAGCAACUGUGCUCUGUUUUUUUUUUUAUUAUUGUUAAUGACCUCAUAUCUAGUUCGAGAAGCAUGUUAGAGAAUUUUAGGAGAAUUUCUGAGAAGUCACUCACUUACUUACUCUAACCUCAUAUCUUUCCUUAGAUAUCUGCUACAGGUUACUGUCAAAGACCAGAUAAUAAGACCAAGUGGCCCUUCCAUCUGACCUAGUAUCACCAGCACUGAUGCUGCUAUUAAGAAUACAGCCAUAUUUCUAGCUGCUAUAGAAGUAUCCGGUAUUUACUUGAUUUGAAUCUGUCAGAAGAGUCAACAGUAUCAUUUUCUGGAUUUUGAGCAGUUAAUUAGAAAAUGACACAUGCAGGGUUGGGAAAACAUGAUAGCACAGUGUUUUGCAAAAUCUUAUACUUUAUUAAAUCUGCAAUUUUCAAAAGUAUUUUUAUAAAACAACUGAAAUACCUGAAAAUGCCCGUUGAACUCAUGUACACAGACCAUUAAAAACACCAAGAAGUUUGUUACAGAAGUGUAUGAACAACACAAAAAGAUAAGUCUUCCAACUAAAAAGCCAUACAAACAAACAUUUAAGACUCUCAAAAAUGUUGAAUCAUAUUGUUUUACCAUAAGCCAUACUGAUAUAACUGGUAGUUGGAGCAAAUGUGCUUCAACACAAGUUUAACAUACAGACAUCCAAACAGCACAGCACUUUCUUACUGUAACGAAACUGUUAGUCAAGAAUCUGUUUGAUCUUAACCAAAGAUCAACUAAAGGAUUUUAAACAGUAA